GCAACAGGCCAGCGGAGGGAGAGAACCAACAAUAAACAGACAUCCCGCCAUCGUGCUGCCAGCUGUCUUUCUUCCUAAUCAAUUGGUGGCAUCUGCCGUUCAAGCAGCCAUAAUGUCCGCCGUCCAGGCCACCGAGGGCCUGGUGAGCAAGCUCCCUCUCCGACUGCGCAACUUCUUCGCCCGCUAUCCUCCCCAAAUCUACUCCGCGCAGGUCGCUCCUCGCCCAACACCCCCUGCUACAGAAGGAACCUCAGAGUCUUCAGAGCCAUCACCGGACGGGACUCUUCCGUCGCCAUACACCCCGAACCGGGACGCCAAGGGUCAGACACGAGACCCGACUGCUUGGUCGUCUGCCAAAGCCCUUCUCUACUCGAACCCAGACUAUCCGAACCCCUUCCUGCCACGAAAGAACUUCCGCACCGGCAAGUGGAUUGGUGCUCGCAUCGGUCUACGACAGCAGGCUGAUCUCGUGAAACUGGCCCAGAAAUACAACGUGGAGGCCCUGCUACCCCCGGGACGAAAGUCGACAGAGUUCAAGGACACGAGACGCCUUGAACGCGGUCUGGCAAUCAAGGGUACCGGUAUCGGACAGAAGGUCAAGGGUCACAAGUGGGAGCGUACGCUGGAGACGAGAUUGGAGGAGAGGAAGAAGGCCAUGCUGGAGAUGCCGGAGUUGAUCCGCGCGUGGAAGCAGAGAGGACACGGAAGAGGAUGGAAGAAGUGGCCGAGAAGGUAAACGAGAUGGGUCAGCAUCGGUGCUAUUUUCCGGGUUCAUGGGAAGCUGUUUCGUGUUUCGUUUCCGGCUUUCAACUCGUACAAACGGGACGGCGAAUUAUGUCUUUAUUUGCAAUGGUAACAAAUGGGCUGUAGAAGGGAGAGAUCCCAUCAAAUGUACAAAUAGAAUACAUCUACUUUACGAAAGCAU